UCCGCAGUCCAGAGCCGCCCGGCCCCGGCCCCGCUCGCCGCGAGCGCUCAGACUCCUCGGCCGGCCGGACGGAGGACGCCGCCCGCUCGGGGCCGCCGCUGUGCUCGCCUCCCGCGCCCGCUCGGCCCUUUGUCCCCGGCCCGGCACCGCUGCACGCUUGCGUCGGAGCGCACAGCUCCCACCCCCGGGAGCCUCCCGGCCGUCGGCGGACCCCGCCGCCGGCGCGCUCAGCGCCCUGCUCGCGGGGCACAGGGAGGGCGGCGGCCGGCUGGGGAUGGGCGGCCCGGCGACGCGGAGGGGCGCCGGGGGGCUCCGCGCGCUGCUCCUGGCGCUGGUGGCCGCGGGGACCCCCGCGGGCGCCUACAACCUGGACCCGCAGCGCCCCGUGCGGUUCCAGGGUCCCGCCGGUUCCUUCUUCGGCUACGCGGUGCUGGAGCAUUUCCACGACAACACGCGCUGGGUCCUUGUGGGCGCACCAAAGGCAGAUUCCAAGUACAGCACGUCCGUGAAGUCCCCCGGGGCUGUGUUUAAGUGCCGCAUCCACACCAACCCUGACCGGAGAUGCACCGAACUGGACAUGGCUCGAGGGAAGACUCGGGGGAUGUCCUGUGGAAAAACCUGCCGGGAAGACCGGGAUGAUGAGUGGAUGGGGGUGAGCCUGGCCCGGCAGCCCAAGGCCGACGGUCGGGUGCUGGCCUGUGCACACCGCUGGAAGAACAUCUACUAUGAAACCGACCACAUCCUGCCCCACGGCUUCUGUUACGUCAUCCCGUCCAACCUCCAGGCCAAAGGCCGGACGCUGAUCCCUUGCUAUGAAGAGUAUAAGAAGAAGUAUGGAGAAGAACACGGCUCCUGCCAGGCGGGGAUAGCAGGCUUCUUCACCGAGGAGCUGGUGGUGAUGGGCGCACCGGGGUCGUUUUACUGGGCCGGGACAGUCAAAGUGCUGAACCUGACGGACAACACCUACUUCAAACUGAACGACGAGGCGAUCAUGAACAGGCGGUACACGUACCUGGGCUAUGCAGUGACCGCUGGCCAUUUCUCUCAUCUGUCCGCCACCGAUGUGGUCGGAGGUGCCCCGCAGGAUGAAGGCAUUGGAAAGGUUUAUAUUUUUAGAGCUGACCGAAGAUCGGGCACCUUAAUUAAGAUUUUUCAGGCAUCGGGUAAAAAGAUGGGCUCUUACUUCGGCUCCUCCUUAUGCGCAGUUGACCUGAACGCGGACGGCCUCUCCGACCUGCUGGUGGGGGCCCCUAUGUUUUCUGAGAUCAGGGAUGAGGGGCAGGUCACCGUCUACAUCAACAGAGGAAAUGGAGCCCUGGAGGAGCAGCUGGCCCUGACCGGGGAUGGCGCCUACAAUGCACACUUUGGGGAGAGCAUCGCCAGCCUGGGCGACCUGGACGACGACGGGUUCCCAGAUGUGGCCAUUGGUGCACCCAAGGAGGAUGACUUCUCGGGGGCAGUCUACGUCUAUCACGGUGACGCCGGUGGGAUCGUGCCUCAGUACUCAAUGAAACUGUCCGGGCGGAAGAUCAGCCCCGUUCUGCGGAUGUUUGGGCAGUCCCUAUCAGGAGGCAUCGACAUGGAUGGGAAUGGCUAUCCGGAUGUAACUAUCGGAGCCUUCAUGUCGGACAGCGUGGUUCUUCUAAGGGCGAGACCCGUCAUUACGGUGGAUGUCUCCAUCUUCCUCCCAGUCUCCAUCAACAUCACGGCGCCUCAGUGUCACGACGGCCAGCAGCCUGUGAACUGCCUGAAUGUCACCGCCUGCUUCAGCUUCCACGGCAGGCAUGUCCCCGGAGAGAUCGGCCUGAGUUACGUUCUGACGGCUGAUGUGGCCAAAAAGGAGAAGAGCCAGUUGCCCAGGGUCUACUUUGUGGUGCUGGGAGAGUCCGUGGGUCAGGUCUCGGAGAAGCUGCGGCUGGUCCACCUGGAGGACACGUGUCAUCACUAUGUGGCCCAUGUGAAGCGGAGGGUGCAGGACGUCAUCAGUCCCAUCGUGUUCGAGGCCGCCUACAGCCUGGACGAGCAUGUGACUGGAGAGGAGGAGAGGGAACUGCCGGCUCUGACGCCAGUGCUCCGCUGGAAGAAGGGACAAAAGAUUGCUCAGAAGAAUCAGACUGUUUUUGAAAGGAAUUGCCGUUCCGAGGACUGCGCUGCGGACCUGCAGCUUCAGGGUCAACUGUUGCUGUCCAGCACUGAUGAGAAAACCCCGUAUCUCGCUCUGGGGGCUGUGAAGAACAUCUCCCUAAACAUCUCCAUCUCCAACCUUGGCGACGAUGCCUACGAUGCCAACGUGUCCUUCAAUGUUUCCCGGGAGCUCUUCUUCAUCAACAUGUGGCAGAAGGAGGAAAUGGGCAUUUCCUGUGAACUGCUGGAAUCGGACUUCCUCAAGUGCAGUGUGGGAUUUCCUUUCAUGAGGUCCAAGUCGAAGUAUGAAUUCAGCGUGAUCUUUGAUACAAGCCAUUUGUCUGGGGAAGAGGAAGUUCUGAGCUUCAUCAUUACUGCUCAGAGCGGCAACGUGGAGCGUGCAGGGUCCCUGCAUGACAACAGCCUCACGCUGGUGGUGCCACUGAUGCACGAAGUGGACACGUCCAUCACUGGAAUCAUGUCUCCAACCUCCUUUGUGUACGGCGAGUCUGUGGACGCAUCCAACUUCAUUCAGCUGGAUGAUCUGGAGUGUCAUUUCCAGCCCCUCAACGUCACCCUCCAGGUCUAUAACACAGGGCCAAGCGCCCUUCCCGGGUCAUCCGUCAGCAUCUCCUUCCCCAACCGCCUGUCACCUGGAGGUGCAGAGAUGUUUCACAUCCAGGAGAUGGUGGUAAGCCAAGAGAAGGGAAACUGUUCCUUCCAGAAGAACCCGACCCCCUGCAUCAUCCCUCAAGAACAAGAAAAUAUCUUCCAUACUAUAUUUGCCUUUUUCACCAAGUCUGGAAGAAAAGUCUUGGACUGUGAAAAACCAGGAAUCUCUUGCCUAACAAUGCACUGUAACCUGAGUGCACUUGCUAAAGAAGAAAGUCGUACCGUCGACAUUUACAUGCUGCUGAACACAGAAAUAUUAAAGAAGGACAGCUCGUCGGUCAUCCAGUUCAUGACCCGCGCCAAGGUGAAGGUGGACCCCGCCCUCAGGGUGGUGGAGAUAGCCAGUGGGAACCCAGAGGAGAUGACGGUGGUGUUCGAGGCCUUGCACAACCUGGAACCCCGUGGCUACGUUGUGGGCUGGAUCAUCGCCAUCAGUUUGCUGGUGGGGAUCCUCAUCUUCCUGCUGCUGGCUGUGCUGCUCUGGAAGAUGGGCUUCUUUCGCCGAAGGUACAAAGAAAUCAUUGAGGCCGAGAAGAACCGGAAAGAGAACGAAGACAGUUGGGACUGGGUCCAGAAAAACCAGUGACCUGCCACGCCAGUCACGUGACCCAGCCAUUUCGCCUGUCACCCUUGAUCUUUGUAUCUUCCAUAUUUGGAAGAAAGAUUCUUCUCCAGAUUUUUCGGAGGCCCCACUGAUGCUGUUCUCAUCAUUCUGUCAAGCCCGGGUGCCAACCUGAGGCAGCCAACCUUGGCCAGGUCACAUGACUGGAGCCCACCACUUCCUUUUAAAGAUGAACUCUGAACUUGGGAAAGUGAGCUACGGAGCCGAGCAAUAUUUAUGGAUGCAAUGUGCGUGGUCGACCCUCAGGGGAAAACUGUUACCUAAAAGUAUUUUUAUAAAUAUAAGCCUUUUAUACUGACUAUGUCUUUAUAUUUGUAUCAAUGUUUUAUUAUUUCUAUUAAAUAGUUAUAUAGUUCACUCAAGCACUGACAUCUGGCCUGGCAACACAUGUACAUCAUAUAAAUUUUAAAGGAUAAAAAUCUUACUGUUCUGUAGGACUUACUGUUCAAAUAGACUUGCAGAUAAAAAUAAUCUGAGGAACCUCACGCCACGGACCCACCAAACUUGCAGUGCUGUGUGAGGCGGUGGCUGUGGCAGGCCCCCUCCGGCAUCGCCCAUCCUUAUGACCUGGAGUCAAGUUGCAAGUCGUGUGCUAGAGAACUGGGUCUUUUCAUAUGUACCCGUCACUGGAAGAUUCCCAACAGGAAUCUGGAUGGAAAGCCUGGUUCCCAGCAACAAGUCUGCUCUGCAUCACCUCCACACAGCAGACAUCUCGCCUUCCUUCCAAUGGGAUUGGUAGAAGAAGGCUUGGAGCGACGCCAUUCGGCCAUCUGGUAAACCUCAGAAUGGCAUCUCAUCCUGGACAUCAAUGCAUCAGAGUCUUCACACCAUAAGGACUAAAUCAGUGAUCAUCGAGGAAGACUUGUGUCUGAAUGUCGUAUGUGAUGCCUGUGCAUGGUCAUUUGAGUUGAGAGAUGUCCAUUUCCCCGUCACUUCUGCUGUCCCAGCUAAUGGUAAUUGUAGAUUCCUUCCCAGAGGUGACCUGUCAACUUGUUCUUUCUUUUUAAAUAGUGUCUUUGGUGGGGUUCGUAAGAAGCAGACCCCAAGGCAAGGAUCUGCAUGCAAGUAACUUAAUUACAGAAGUGUUCCCAGGGGACAGCAGUAUGGGAGGGAGGGAAGCAGGACCAGGAAGGGGAGGAAGCCAGGAAAGGGUUCCAUAUCAGGGAAGGUCCCGUGGAGGGUAGGUAGCCUCAGCCUGAUCCUGCAGGGAAGCUCUGGAGGGUAUGAUGCAUCUCAGAGUUGUCCCAGCCUGAGGCAAGGGAGCUGAGCCUUCAUAUUCUUGCACCCUGGGGAGAUAUAAAAUGUAUACUCUCAGUUCCUACUGGCAAAAUGGCCCAAUAGUUCAGGUAAGUCUGCUAAAGGAGAGCUGCAGGUGCACCUCCCACCUGGGGAGGCAUGAAGAAAUGAUACACAGGGAUCUGGGCAUAGCUGCAGCCUCCUCGCCCACCCCCUGCAUGGUUGACUGCUGAGUUAUGGCCUUCAGUAUCCAAGCAUUCUGUCUGACAGUGCUUGUUAGCAAUGCACUGCGCUGCCCAGUUUUGAGAGCAUUGUGAAUUUCUAAAAGGGCAAUGAGAGGAUGGCUGUAGCAUGCUCAGCACUGCACCUGGCCCUGCAGUGAAUGCUCAAUACCUUUUAGCAGCUAAGGCUGCUAUUACCACUGCUGAAUGACCAUCUGAUAAGGGAGAAUCAUGUGGCUCAGAGGAGGGUCUGACAACGAGUCCUUCAUGACUUACUAGAGCCUGCUCUGGCCCCAGGUACAUUCAAAUGGAAAUUAAACAAGCAGAGGACAGAGUGGAUUUUUAAAAUGAGACCCCAUUUGCAGUGUUCCUUCAGUGGGCUUUUGCUCAUUGUGUCAUGUUGUCCUUUAAUAAAUCACUUAAAAUUCUCAGGUGGUAGUCCUGGGCCAGCCCCACCAGCAGUUUGGCCAAAUGCUUUUAUGGCCACUAAUCAGCCUCUUGCAAGGGUUGCAGACACAUUUGUGACAGUGUGGAAGGGUGACUCGCAGGCUGAUGGUUUGGCCAGCCAGAGGGGUUGGGUGCUCCUGGGGACAAUGUCAGAGCCAGAUCCAUUUGCUUCUAGAUAGUAGACCCACAUGAGUAGUUACACUCUAGGGAGAUCACUACAACUUCACAAGGCAGUUCUGAGAAAAUCAUACUUGGCAUCGGCAGGAGCAAAUACUGGCAGCCAUUCCAGGAACCUGUUUGUAAAGGACGGUGCCUCUGCCUGUCUGAGCAUGUCGAGGAGCAGGUGGGGCUGCAGGGACGGGGGAGGUAAGCACUCUGCACAGUGGUGCUGGAGAGAGAAGUCCAGCCCAAGGUUAGCACACGCCCCUCCCCCUUUUUAAAAAUUAUUGUUUAUGUUCAGUUGGCCUGGGACUCAAGAGUUUGGAAUAUCCCCACAGUGACCCCCAAACCUGUCACAAAGAAGAAAUCAUGAAGUUUAGGAGCCAGGAGGCACUAGAAGAAGUGAGUGGGUCCCCUGGCUUUGUGGUGACUGACAGGCACACAUCUGGAACCACUUACCCCUGAGGUCACGGAGGCUCUCCCAGUCAGCCUGUCAGGAAAACUCCAUCAACGUCAGCAGGAGUAUUCUGAAGUCUGGUAAAUGUAGAAAAUCCGGUAGGAAGUCCUUCACCAAGUCAUGGGAAGCUCAAUCCUUGAGCCAAAGGCAAAGAGGUUAGAAACAAAACUUUCAGGCUUCCUGGAAACAUUUGGGGCCCAUUUUCAAUAUGAAGCAUAGUGGAUCCUUUAAGUGAUGCUCGCGUUGUACGCUACCUGUUCAUCCCUGGCAAAGUCAUGUUUUACAAGGUUAUUCUACUUUUUUUUUGGGGGGGGGCGGUAAGGCAUUAUGCCCAGGUGAACACAGUUAUGCAUAGAAUACAUGUGAAACAUACAUCUAGAGAAACCUGCAUAACCUGAUUCAAACUGCCCCAAAUUUACAGUCACUGUGAAGGAUAACUUGAGUGAAAUGGCCCUUUAGCAGACAAAAGGCAGAAAAGCAGUGUCCUUUUGGAAAAGCUCUAACAUACAGGGUUGUCAUCAAUCCAUGGUCUUCUGAUUUUCAGCACAUCCGGGGAAUGAUGAACAAAUCUCCCACGUGGUGCAAUUCCUUACAGCACAACGAUGUAGAUUUCUGACUUGGUUAAGGUUUUGGUUUUCUUUUUCUCUUGUGCACGGUGUGACUGGCAGAGUGAGUUUCAAAGCUUUACGAGUGAUUUCUUGCAUGGCAGGCACCCACGCUAACUUCACAUCCAGAACUUGACUGAUACCUUCCUGUACAUUUCCACGGAGGAGUUUUGGCGGGAGGAAUAUGUUCCUCCUCAGGAAGUCACAUGUUUUAAAAGUCUAUGCAGUCACUUCUAAUUCACUUGCACUGUUUGGAGAAUGCGGUUUACAAAAAUACACUUGGAAUAAAAAAAAAAUGGCUGCAAAUGA